AACCCCCGCAGGUAGUGGACACUCCCAACCAGCUCGCAACCCUCGGUCAGUCCACCGACCCCCCAAAAGCCCAAGCCCAUGCCCCUGCCCCGCAGAGAAAGGAGAUCACGCCUGGCCAGCUCCCGAGGGGCCGGAAGUAGCCUCUCCCGGGCUACAGCCCACUCCCCAAGAGGUGCCGGCCGCGGAGGUCCCUCGUUGAGCCAUGCGCAACACCUCACCCGGCGGCGCCAUUCCUCCGAGCAGGUCCCACCGGAGUCCGGUCCGCAGGCUAACUUCCGCUCGGGAAGGUGGCUCUACGAGCGCGCCGUAGGGGACACCAGGGACUCACGGCAGGCUCCGCUUGUCGGGAUGGGCUCCAGGCACAGGUCAGUCUCCGUGGAGGAAGUAGUGAUCCCCUGUGCUUCUGAUGAUUUUGGAAGUGUGGAUUUGGAGCUGAGCAAUUUGGAGGAUAUUAAAAAAAACUCAAGUAGUAGCGAACUUACAGUGUUGGACCUGGACAUCCUUGAUCUCCCUGAACUCCCUCAGGAGUCCUUCACAGAUAGCCCCAGUCACUUGAGCCCCCAAGGGUUCCUCCAUGAAACGCAUGUUGAGAGACUGCUCCAGUCCGUCCAGGAGGUACUCAGUGGUAAGCUAAAGGAUGAACCUGAAAAGCUGACAUUCCUAAGAUCUUUGUCUUCGCUCAGCAAAACUUUACAUUAUGAUGAAACCACAGAAUCAUUCAUUCAUAGCCACGUAGCAGACAUAGUACACAUCCUAAAUGUACUGGUGCAAGAGGAGCCCCUGCAUUCUCUGCUCAGCCCUGUGCUCCAGGAGGUCUUUGCCACCAUCACUGUCCUCAGUUACCAAGAUGUUCACUUGCUGUUUGGCUCUGAAGAUCAAGCUGACCUGUUCAGUCUCAUCACCAGAAGAAUAGUCAGUCUGCCCUCUGUAAGUCUUGCCCAGCUGGGGGAAAGCGUGGCAAGCAGGCCCUCCAACCCAGAGUGUCUCUACAGGCAGACGUUCCAGGCAUUCUCUGAGAUGCUCCAGAGUUUGGUCGUGAAAGACCCACAUUUGGAAAAAUUUGAUGCCAUUUUUAAGCACAUCGGUCCCUGGUUACAGUCAGUCAAAGACCAUGAGCGAAAAUGGGCCACAGCCAGCAUGGCCCAAGUUCUGAAGUGCUUAGCUAGACAUCUCUGCCUGCAGCUUCCACUGCAAUUCCAAAGCCUUGGACAUCUAGUAGCUGUGAUGGCACUGCUAUGUGGGGACCCACUGAAAGAGGUCACUGAGGAGGCUGCAGAAGGCACAUACUACCUGCUGCAUCUCACCCUGAGACUGAAGUAUGCUACGCAAGACAAAACAAACCACCAGAGCUUGAGAAGAGGACUAAAACGGUGUUGUGAAAUUCUAGAACUCCAUGAUAUUAAACAAUUUUACCAGGAUCCUCUCAAAAUUGCCCAGAUCUUUGAAGUUUUCCUGAAUUCAAAUGAGCUCUGCCAGUUUGUAAUGACUACACUGAAUGGCCUAAAAAACCUGAAGCAUACUUGCACCCAGCAAUUAGCCGGAGAGUUGCUGCUAACGUUGGUAAAAAACGCGGAGUCCCGAUUUGAGAAGGUACCAGAAAUUAUGGGAGUUAUCUGUGCCCAGCUAUCCAUGAUCAGUCAGCCAAGAGUCCACCAACAAAUCAUCAGUACUGUGAGUUUGUUUAUCUCCAGACCCAAGUACACAGAUAUAGUGCUUAGCCAUCUUCUGUGUCAACCAAUACCAUAUGACAGGAAUCUAGCUGUGUUGUGGAGAACCCUGAAGAUAGACCUGCCCGGCACGACCUGGGUGCUGUGGAGGCUGCUGAGGAAGCUCCAGAAAUGCCAUAAUGUGCCCAGCCAGAAGAAGAUGGCCUAUGUGGCUGUUGCUGCAACAGAUGCCCUUAAUGAGGUGUUUCUGGGAAAUAGGCUUCAAGCGGCUACAUUCUGACUCUUUCCUCAGCUUCUCAUGACACUGCUCAUCCAGAUUCACCACAGCAUUGGCCUAACCAUGUCUGAUGUGGCCAUCCCAAGUGGCCUGUAUACAGAGCAGAAAAUGUCGACAGAGGUCACACCUUUGUGUUUCGCCGUGCAGGCCACAAAGACUCUACUUUUCAGAACAUCAUGCAGGUGGGAAUUUGACAUAAUGGAAAAGAAUAAAGGAUGGACUCUCGUAGAAGAGAAAGAUUGCCACGUUCAGGGAGUAUUUCUCCUUGCCAAUGCAUUGCUAGAAAGAAAUCACCACCUUGCAUGCAAGAUCAUGUACUUGUUAGUCCCACUUCUUAACCGAGGAAAUGAUAAACAUAAGCUCACAUCUGCAGGCUUUUUUGUGGAGCUCCUUCAGAGUCCCGUGGCCAGAAGACUGCCCAGCAUAUACUCCCUAUCCCGCUUGAAAGACUGGCUGCAUCAUGGAAAUAAUCUCUUUAAAAUGCUUGCCCUGAGGGGGCUGUGCAAUCUUGUCAGACACUGGGAGAUGAGGGAAGACAUCAAGAGACUGUUGCCGUCCAUCUUAGACAGCUUAUGUGAAACUGAUGAAAGGAUUGUUUUGUUGGCCAUCCAGAUACUCCAGAAGCUUGUCAGGAUGAUGGAUUUUACAACCCUGGCUGCCAUGUUGAGGAUCCUGUUCUCUUUAUUUGGUGAUGUGAGACCUGAUGUUUAUCAUUUCUCCAUGACCCUUUUUGGAGCCUCCAUUAAGUCUGUGAAACACACACAUAAAAAGGGCGUAGAGAAUCAAGUCCUAGAAAGCUUGAUCCCACUGCUUCUGUAUUCCCAGGAUGAAAAUGCUGCAGUAGCUGAGGAGAGCAAGCGAGUCCUAAAAAUAUGUUCCAAAUUCCUGAAGUGGAAGCUGCCCCAAGAAGUAUAUGGCAGAGAUCCCUUCUACAUCAGACCUGUUGAAGUUAGAACAAUCUGCAAAUUCUUUGGAAAAAAAUGCAAGGGUAAAAUUGACAUCCUUGCCCAAACAUUGAUGUACUCCAAGAAUGCAAAACUUUCCAUCAGAAGAACAGCAGUCUUAUUUGUAGGGCUCUUAUCAAAGUACAUGGAUCACAGUGAGGCCAGGAUGAAGGGGACUGACUGGAUACAAAAUGAUCUGAAAGAUCUGCUGCAUGAUCCUGAGCCCUCUCUGCGCAUCCUUGCCUCCCAGGCUCUGUUCUGAAUCCAGAGAGUGGAGUCCCAAGCAGAACCUGAACAGACAGUUUGCUGUCUGAGGAAGCUCCUGGAUUGUCUCUCUACCUAGAAACGUAAGGCAGUCGACAUCAGCCCUCUGCCAAGACAACUUCAAGGAAAAAAUUUCUUCAUGAUUCAUAAUAAGUUGGAUUUGUUUUGAGGGAUACAACAUUGAGUGAAGUGUAGCUUGAAAGGGAUCACUGCCCAAGAGAAGUCUUUCAUAUCUGGGACCAGCAGGUGUUUUAAGAUAAAAUGCAGGCUCCAGUUGCCUGACAGACUAAACCUUCACCCCCAAGGAAAUCCAUGGGGCUGGUCGCUGGAUGCUAAAUUCUAAAGCAAAGAGCCCAUUUGAGUUACAAACAUCCUUUACCAUAUUCUCUUUGGUCUCAUUACAUGCAACCAACUCUACUCUCCCCUUUUGAAAUAAAUCAUUUUCUAGUUUAUCCAAUAAAAAAUGAGUACAGUAACAUCUUAUUGAGUGCUCACAAUGAGCCUAACUCUAAGCUAAGUUCAUUACAUAAUUAACUCUUAAUCCUUACAACCACUUCAUGUACUAUUAUCUCCAGUUUGCUGGUGCAGAAGCUACAGAACUAAGUGUGAAAGUGACUCAUCAAAGGCCCACAAACAGUAGCAGAUGGUGAAGCCAAAAUUCGAACAUAGGUUGUCUCCAAAUCUCACAUCCUUGACUAAUCUGCUCUGCUCUUCUCCAGUCUUCUCUUUCCCUUGAAUGGGUAUGACUGCAGAUCUACUCUUCAAUUAAUCUCAAUUGUUGAACUCAUGCUCCUAACACACUCAUGUAAUCAAAUAUUGUAAAGUGAUGUUGAACCUCAAACAAUUUAUCAAAUCCAAAGUUGAACACUUCUCUAGAAGUUAGUAUACUUUAUUUCUCUUAAUCAAAUAAAAUGUACACACUAGACUGUAUAGAGUGGAGUUAGAGCAAAAAGUGAUGGUUAGUCCUGAACAUUUUUUGAAUCCUUGAUUGAUCGCACGAGCUCACAGAAGAAACAAAACUCUGGCAAAUUUUUAUUUUCUGAGUAACAUUACCAGUGGAGAAUAGUGAGUGCAGAACUGCUUAUUUUACUUUAUCGUGUUAAAAUUCAAAGAGAGAAGCAUCCACUAAGAAACAACAAAAAAAAAGAAAAGAAACAAAGGACAGCUCUUUGUUGAACUACCUCAGCAUUGGGAAAAGCUAGAAGUACCUGACAGUGAUUAUAUUAACAAGUCUGUUUAAUCCAAACAGCUCCAUUUUUUAUAUGCUUUUCUCAGAGAGAGAUUUAUGUUUUCAUAGAUGUUAUAAACUACACAAAACAAAAUUCUUGGGACACUUAAUUUUGUUAUAAUAUGUUGAAAUAAAACUUC